GCAUAACAACGUAAUGUGCCACUCAUCAGAAGUAGUAUGACGUAACCAACUAAUCUUUCAGAAAGCCUGUCUGGAUUUAAAUAGAGAUAUACCUAAUCCAAUUCAGCACUUAGAGGAGUUGUCAGGGGGAGCCAAGCCCGAAGAGGGGCCAACAACAGCACUCAACACAACGCCAUCCCUUUGUCAGCUCAGAGAAAGAAACGCUGAAAGCAGAGAGAGCGUGAGACAAGAGAGGAGGGUGGGUGAAAGCAGAAGCAAACUCAGCAAAUCUGCCCCUUUUUGACCCGUGUAAAGCUUGAGAAUAUGGGGAACACCAAGAGCGGUGCUUUGUCCAAAGAGAUUCUGGAUGAUCUGAAGCUGAACACCAAAUACACAGAGGAAGAGCUCUGCGCAUGGUACGCCACCUUCCUCAAAGAGUGUCCCUCUGGUCGCAUCACCAAGGAACAAUUCGAGGGCAUCUAUGCCAGUUUCUUUCCAGAUGCCGACCCUACCGCUUAUGCUCGGCACGUCUUCCGCAGCUUUGACACUAAUGCCGAUGGCACCUUGGACUUUAAGGAGUACAUUGUGGCACUGCACCUUACCUCAUCAGGCAAGACCCUGCGCAAACUCGAAUGGGCAUUCGCUCUGUAUGACGUAGAUGGCAAUGGAACCAUCAGUAAAAACGAGGUCCAGGAGAUCGUACGGUCAAUAUUCAACAUGAUUCCCGUCGAAGACCAGAAAAACCUUCCGGAGGAUGAGAACACACCAGAAAAGCGAGCUGACAAAAUCUGGACCUUUUUCAAAAAGAAAGAAGAUGAUAAGAUUGGAGAGGGGGAAUUCAUUCAGGGUGUCAUGGAAAACAAAGACAUCUUGAGGUUGAUACAGUUUGACGAGCCAAAGAAGAUUCAGGAAAAACUCAAGGAGAAGAAGCAUUAAUGGCCAUAUUCCCAUGAGACUGAUCAGAGCUUGAUUUCCAUUCAUUUGACACCUACACAACCCAGACCGAUUCUCCAGGCCGCACGCCGGAUACAUUCAGACACUCUAUCCAUACACACUUCAGAGCCAUAAAGCAGUCAAACCUAGCUUUUCUUAUAACACAUACAAGACUUGUGUUCUGGACCACCACCAUCAUCACCUCUACCUGAAUUGCCUCACUGCUAUUUCGAUUGCUUUUAGAAUCCAAUCGAUAAGAGGUCCAAUCGAAUUAGGCUCGUGUUAACAGUCUGUUCUCAAUCCUCUUAGGAUCUGAAGGUCGGGUAAGACAAAUCCACAGGGUCCAGUUGCUCUCCUCUUUUAGAUCCCUUUGGGUUUAAGUAGGAGCAUGUCUAGUGCUUUUAAAAUGGGGGGGGGGGGGUGGUUGGCUGGGCGCAAAAUGAGCAUGAUGAGAAAAACUUUGUACAAUCUAUGGUACACUGUUUAGAAGUGCAAACCUGCAAAUGGUAUCUCUUGGAGCUAUUUCUACCUGAUCCAACCCUUAAAUUUCAUUUUAUCACUGUAACCUAAUCAAGUUUUAUUUAGGUUAAUAAUUUUGGGUCAAAUAAAAUCAAAUAAAUUACAUUACCACCUGAGAACUUGUACAUAUUUAAUGAAGAAAAAUACUCAAAGCUCAAAUGAAAACACAUUCAUCAUCCUCAUGACAGUACACAUGGUUUUGUCUCAUACCUAAAGGCUACAACACACACCAGUUUUUGUAACAUGCUGAGUUAUACACACACAUUUAUACAUAGAGAGUGUAUACACAAUAUAAAUAAUAGAUUGAUCGCACAGUGUAGAUUCAUUGGUCAUAACACAAGUUUUUGAGAUCACAAUGAGCAGAGUGACAGCUUUUUAGUGACUAUAAAGGGAGUGCUCUAUGCAAGGUUUCUAUAAUCCAUUCAAAGUGCAGAACUUUUGUUUUUCGGCCACACACAAGUUGCAAAGUUUCGGAAUAACAUGCAUAUUUAUGUGAGAUUCACUCUCGACAUAACAGUGAUUGACAUAGUGAUAGGACUUCUGCAUUACGACUGGUUGGCCCCCAACCAUGUCAUAGCUCAUUACCAUAAAGUUGACCCUACUUUCCUCGAUUCCCGCACUGUCCAAGAUGCGCCACGCCGCUGAUUGUCGGAGCUCACCACCGGCUCACUUUGAAAAUGAAAGCCACUUUGACGCUCUCGCUGGUGGUGGUAUGAACGCACAGUAACAUCAUGUUGAGAAGAUGCUGUAUCCUAUGCUGUAAGGGUAAAUUUGCUUUAUCACUUCUUAUAAUUACCACAAACUUUUUAACACUUGAGACUUACCACUGAGAAAUGUCUUGCUCCAGUCAUCAGCCACUUCAACCAUUUCAUCAUCAGACUCCGGCUCGAAUUGGUAAGGUACAAUCGAUAACAUCUUUUCUAUAUAUUCACAAGUUUCCAGUGCUGUCAUCCUGUCAUGGCAAUGGAUCUUUCAUUUCCGCACUGUAUAUGGUAGACCAAUCAAGAACCAAUCUCUCUACAGCUCUGGACCAAUCAUAAAGGACAGCGUCAUCUCACCAAUCACAGCAGUGAGGGCUCACGGAAAGGAGGGGUUUAGAGAGACAGAUUCUUUGAACUGUAUCACACAGGUCUUUUAUGAAUCAUUUAGAAAUGAGGUAAAAUUAAAUCUAUUUUUUGAAAAAACUAA